AUGACGGGCAUGCUUGGCGCUGACUCACCACUCUCCGAGUGCACGGGCCAGGUCGGACCCGGCCAGACAAGCUUUGGUGAGCCGCUAGUGACUUGGCGCGUCGGCCUUGGCACGCUCUUUCUGGAACGAGCCUCGGUUCGGGCAGUUGAUGAGUUCCGGAAAAGCAUCAUGCAGCCGGGCAUCGGCAGCGUUGGAGAACCCGCGGUCCUCUGGAUACCGGAGACGCUGGAGACGCUGGAGACGACGGAGACGACGGAGAUGACGGAGACGCCAUGGGAAACCGUUGGUUCGAGGAGCCAAAUCCAUGGGGGAUAUCUGCGAUCUUCCUUUCUGCGUUUCUCGAACGAUAAUGAAUCGAGGGUUCGUCGUGUCUCCUUGGGGACUGAAAAGGCCGAAAAGAAGAGAAAAGCUGACGACAACCCGGCAGCCACGACAGCAACGAACAUGGAAUCAUUGCACUGGCUGAAGAGCUUUAGGGUCUAG